UCAGUGGUCGGAGGAAGAGAUUAUAGAAAACUUCCUAUUUAAUGUGGACCCAAGUCUUGGUAGGGAAGUUAAGGAAGCUCGACCGAAGGAUGGGAAAUGGACUACGUACAAAAAGAACCUCGUUGAGCUUUACAAAUUGAAGGAUAACAAGUAUUCCAUCAAGGACCUUAAAACAAUGACUGAAGAUGAAGAUGAGAGCGUACGGGCAUUUGGGAUGCGUUUCCAAAAGAUCUCCGACGUGCUGAUAAAGAAGGGGAAGAUCUCAGAGGUUGAGCGCUGUACUAUCUUCAUCGGACACUUGUCCAAAGGUAGGCAAAAGAGUAUACUUAGAGAUCUUCCGCGCGACAGGCUUGAUUUCCCAGAAGUCCUAAAGCUCGCGAUAAAGGCAGAGACAGACGAUUACAAGGACUUGGUGUGGAGAGGGAUGAGGAGAUGUGACUUCUCUCUCUACAAGGAGUAUGCCACUGAUAGAUGUCAUGAUUUCAAGGAUUAUCCCUGGUCGGAGAAGAAUGAGGCCGUGGUUGAGGAAGUGAAGGAGAUACGGGACAUGGUGAAGGGAUUAACGAGACAGGUUACAGAGAUUGUGACCGCUACAGAGGCCACGGCCUACUGGGACAAACCUGGAGGGCCCUAUUCACUUCGCUGGGACCGUAGGAACAACGAUCCCUGGAGGACUAUCGAGGAUAGAAAUCCUCGGACGAUGACUGAUUAUCAUACGAGGGGAAGAGAGAGAGACGAUGAGCCAUGAGGAAGUAUAUAUGAGAGAGGAGAUCGGGACUGGGAACGACAAGAUGGGUCGCGCGGACGGUUUGAGCGCGGGGGAGAUGCGAGAGAGCAGCGCGACGAGUCGCGGGGGUGGUACAACCGAGGGGACCGACGCGAUGAGUCACGAGAACGAUAUGACUCGGGGGACUGCCGGAAUGAUUCGCGAGGGCGGUAUGAGCAAGGAGGGUUUGGAGGAGACCGGCGCAACGAUCCGCGCGGUCGGAAUGAGAGAGGGGGAUAUGGCGUCUCAUCAGAACCAUAUCCCAAGUCGCCUGACCCCAAGGCGGCCAGGAGUUCGAUCUCUAGAGGCGCAGACGAUAGGGCAUCUACUCCGAGGAACUCAUGCGUCUACUGUAGAGGAGAAGAUCAUAUGAAGAGGGAUUGCCCGGACCUCAAACGCGCAAUAGAUGAGGGAUUUGUCGUGCUUGACGACCGCAAGUACGUCAAGUGGGCAGAUGAUCUGGGAGAUGUAUCGAUGUUCCCUUCGAUGAAGGAGAAUGUCGAAGCAAGGAGAAUAAAGACGAGUAAAGGAAUGGAGCCGGUCAGGAGCCACAGCAUCAAGAUAACCUUUGAGGGGGAUAUCGCGACCACACCCAUAAGGCUGGCAGCCACCAAGUCGGCAAGAGGGUGUACAUCGAAGAAGACUGACACGGAUUACGUGAUGGCGGAGAAGGACGGGCAGCGGGUCGAUGCAGAGGAGGUUAUCCUUUCGCCGCGAAAGCGGGGAGUGAAGAAGUUCUUAAUGAAGAGUUCGGUGGACGAGAUUGACACGGUCGAGCCACUGAGGCGGGCCCUUCGGCAACCCAUGCAGUGCUCUAUUCUGGAGUACCUAGCGGCAUCGAAGCCGGCUCGUGAUGAAUUACAGAUGAUCACGCGGAAGACUCGCAUACCUCUAUCAGAGGAGGGUCAGGGGGCCCCUAAGGCGGAAGCUUCUACAGUAGCAGUAACGGGGGUGGCGGAAGCUUCUACAGUAGCAGUAACGGGGGUGACUGCCAGAGCGGAUCGCAUGGCGACAGUCCUUCUCGAUGGAAUGGAAGCGAGGAUUUACACGAUUCCACAUGUUCCUUGGAAUGACGCAGGAGGGAAAUACGCCCAGAAGGAGAAGGAAGAAGUUAUCGCUUUCCUGAAAGAAAAGAUGGUUUCACAUGUUGCGGAACCAUCUGAUAGCGCUUAUGUUAAUCGAUGGUUCUUCCUACGAAAGCCAAAAAGCAAGAUCAGAUGGAUCCAGGACCUUCAGAAGGUCAACGCGGUGACGAUAGGAGACGUGGGCUCCGUGCCACACGCCGAUUUACUGGCAGAAGGCGCCGCAGGAAGGUCGAUUUAUUCGGUCUGUGAUCUGUUCUCAGGCUAUGAUGAGGUACCACUUGACCCUAGGGACAAACACCUUACGGCUAUGCAUACGCCAUUGGGACUAAUACAAAUGAUGGUCGUUCCUAUGGGUUGGACUAAUGGGGUAGCCGUUUUUCAGAGAGCCAUGGUAGCCGUCCUCAAGGACUUCAUCCCUGAUAAGGUUGAAGUUUUUCUGGAUGACUUUCCUAUAAAAUGGCCAGUAGACAGGGAUGAGACAGAGCUUGUACCUGGAGUUAGAAGAUUUUUUGAGCAGCACCUAACGGAUAUUUGCGCGGUACUCGAGCAGCUGGACGAAGCGAAUUUAACAGUCAGCGGAACAAAGAGUCGAUGGGUCGUCUCGACUAUUAAGAUCUUGGGCUUUAUCUGUGACUCAAGAGGACGCCGAGCAGAUCCGGCAAAGUUAGACAAACUUCUGAACUGGCCGACACCGUUACAUAGCCCAACCGAGGCCUAACAGUUUCUAGGAGUGGUCGGUUACUGGCGUAUAUUCAUACGGGGGUAUGCGAAGAAGGCUGAGCCAUUGAGGUUACUCCUUCGAAAG